AUGUAUGCACAAGAAUGUGUGAGGGGAAGCCCUGAGGAUGGAUAUAGCCGACUGCCUUCUUAUUUGCGUCUGAUCGCUGAAGCAAAUCCGGGUACUAUAACUGCCCUUGAACGCGACAGUCAGAAUAGGUUCAAGUACCUAUUCUUAGCCUUCAGAGCCUCCAUAGCUGGUUUUCAAUAUCUCAUAUGGGUCAUUGUUGUCGAUGGGUGUCAUCUGACUGGAAAGUAUGAAGGGACUCUGCUAGUGGCCACAGCACAAGAUGGUAACUUCCAGAUAUUUCCACUAGCUUUUGGAAUAGUGGACUCUGAGAAUGAUCACGCAUGGGAAUGGUUUUUUAGAAAAUUGCGGGAGUAUUUUACAGACGAGUAUCCGUUGGUGAUAGUUUCAGACCGGCAUCAUUCCAUUAAGAAGGCAUGUGAGACUGUAUUACCAUGGGUAACACGCGGUAUAUGCUAUUAUCAUCUGCAACACAAUAUUGUCACUAAGUUUAAGGGGAAGCAUCUUAUGUACUUAGUCAAACGUGUUGCGUAUGCAUAUACGGUACAUGAUUUUAACCGUUAUAUGGACGAGAUAAGGCAUAUAAAACCUGACCUUGCAACGUACCUGGAGGAGGCAGGCAUACAGUUGUGGUCAAGAGUUCACUUUCCAGGUGAUAGAUACAAUAUAAAGACGAGCAACAUCGCAGAGUCUAUCAACUCUGCUCUCAAACGGGCACGGGGAUUUCCCAUAGUAUUCCUGUUGGAGUACUUACGGGCGAAGCUAACAAAGUGGUUUUGUAAAAGGCGGGAAGAUGCUUUGAGUCUUCUAACCAACCAUACUCGAGGAGUUGAAUAUUUGUUGGCAAUUCGUUCACAUUAUGCUGAUAAGUUGACGGUUGAAGGCAUAGAUGGUUGGCGAUUCAAUGUGAAAGGAGGAUCACAUAACUGUGUCGUUGAUUUGGAACUUCGAAAGUGUGGGUGUGGCGUGUAUGAUAUUGAGAAAAUACCUUGCUCUCAUGUUAUAGCCGUUUCAGAUGCAAUGCAUAUGCAUCUGGCCACUCUUGUAUGCCCGACAUACUCCAAAGAUUACUUGUACGCAGCGUACUCGCAUAAUAUAUAUCCUCCAAGCAUUGCAAUAAAAACCGAUGAAACAACACAAUGUCUACCUCCAAAGGUCCGACGUAAAAAAGGCAGGCAGAGGAAGUCAAGAUGGCAAACUUGGCUGGAAAUUUCGAGGCAUAAGCAAAAGAAACCCCGUAAGAUCCACAAGCAGUACAGUUGUUCGAAAUGUCACCAACCAGGACAUACUAGACCGGAUUGUGUAAGUGUUAUGUUACCUCAUACUUUAAGGGUUACAUUUGGUCGAAGUUAA